AUGGUGGUGCAAGGUUUGCAUGUUGAUGGAAUUCCUCUUGUGUAUAGUAGCAUUGUGGAUCAUAAAAAGGAUAUUGAAAUUCUUCUUGCAGAUAGUAGCAUGGUGGUUUACCCUGAGGGUAAGGUGUAUAAUUUUAUAUUCUUCUCUCUUGUCCCAAAUACUGGUGUGUACCAUGCAUCCUUCCAUGAAUUUAAGAUUCUUUUCAAUGUGAGGGCGAGGGUGGUUCCUGAUGAAUCUAAGUUAAUUCCAAUGAAUGGAUUGUAUCUUAAAAACUCAGCUAAGCUUGAAUUGACAGUGGGAGAAUGUGACUUUUUUUUAUCUCAAAUGGCUACAUCAUUGCAAGAGUUGAUCAUGGUUGUCUUUGUGGUUCCCAAGUCUGACAAGUUCGUCACUUUCCGAUUGAAGGUUGAGCCAAAGGUCCUAUAUUGGCCAGUGAAUGAGCAAUUUUGUGAUUGGUGGAAAAAGAAGUUCGUCAAUGGAAAAGUGGUGCAAGGUUGGCUCUUCAUGGCAUCGAGGCGGACAUGCCAUUGGCUGAAUCAGAAGAUGAUGAUGAUUUUCACAUAUCAGAAGGAGGAGUUUUUAACUCUUUAUCCUAGGAAGGAUCUGAAAGAGCUCAAUGAGACUGAGGAGGAUGGUGUGUUUACGGUUGUAGCACGAGUUACUAGCCUUGCUAAAGGGGAGAAGUGGUGGUACUCUGCAUGCAGUUGCCACAAGGCAGUAACAAUUGAGGAUGGAACAUUUUACUGUUCUGGUUGCUGCAAACCUGUACUGUCUGUAACUCUUAGGUGA